AUGGAGGGGGAGGAAGCUAUGCAAUUUGGAGCUUGGCUUCGAGCGGAGUCAGUUUUCAGACGUAAAAUGUCCUUUGCCGCUAGAACUGAUAGUGCAGGGGAGAAGGUUGAUUACUCUCCUUCUUCUCACAGGGCGGAGGGGUCUGUUGGUAGUACUGAUCAUGGUGAAAGGUUGGUGGUGCCGGAGGAAGAACUUGCACCGGCAGCUGAGAAAAAAAGCAAUUAUGAGUGUAGCGAAAUUGGAGGAAUUUUUUCAAAAAAUGGAGAUAAGGCUGGUAUCGUUAUGGAUAGACUAGAGGCUGGUAGUGAGUUAAAUAAGGAGUGUGUUUCGGGGAAUGAAGGUGCACAGGAAGUGGAAAUUCAAUUUUCAAAAGCCGUGGAAUUCGAUGAUAGCACUUAUUUGUCUAACAAAGGGGAUGGUGGAAAGUUGAUGGGCUUUAACGGGCCUCAUCUGGAGACAUUGGAUGGGCUUCAGCCUAACUCGGGGUUAAGGCCCAUUAUGCAUGUGCAGUCACAAGCUCAUAUACCCACAUGCACAGCUCAAGUUGUGCCAAAGGCAGGGGAUUCGAUUGCUGGCCAGAACAGCAUGAAUGCUGUAGAACAAGUUAAGGAUCAAACAGUUCAGAGGGGAGCACAAAAGUGGAAAAGGAGAGCUCGAUCACAGGGUCGACUUGCAGCUAGUCUGGACAGUGUAUCAAGAACCAAAAGGUUGCGUGCUGAAGAUGGUGUCUUGAAUGAAGUAGUGGCUGCGAACAAAGGGAAGGGUGAUAACUCUAAGCAUAAGGUAUUGCCGGGGGCUUGGGAACCCCUGGACAAUUCAAAGAGUGGAGGGUUGCUCUUGAUGUGGAAGCAGGAUAUUCAGUUAGAAUUACUUAAUUAUUCUCAAAGGCAUAUCAAUGCUUUUAUCACUAAUGACAUGGGGGAUGCUCGUUGGCUGCUUACAUGCUUUUAUGGCCACCCUGAGCAUUUCUCAAAAGUUUUUCUCUCAACUUCCCCCACACGUGAGAAGAUUGAUCAGUGCCUAUGUGGUGUGGAGCAAAAGGUGUCAGAGGAGAUGAGACUCAAUCUAAAUAAGGUCUUUUUGAAAGAGGAAAUUGAAGUAGCUUUGAAGCAAAUGUCCUAUUUUAAAGCACCUGGACCUUAUGGUUUUAGUGCUGGUUUUUAUCAAGACCAUUGGGAUAUAGUGGGUGAUGAAGUCUCUACUGCUGUUUUGUCCUUUUUACACAGUGGUAUAAUGCCUGCUGAUCUUAAUCACACCCUUAUUGCUCUGGUCCCAAAGGUAAUUUCUCCUACUUCAGUGCAUGAUUUUAGACCUAUUAGUUUAUGCAAUGUUUUGUACAAACUGAUCUCUAAAGUCCUUCCUAAUAGAAUGAAAGGGGUUUUGUCUAAGGUUAUCUCUUGGAAUCAAAGUGCUUUUAUUCCAGGUAGGCUUAUAACGGAUAAUGUUAUGGUUGCCUAUGAACUACUACAUUCCAUGCAGUCAAGACAGCAUAGUAAGGUGGGUAGUAUGGCUAUCAAACUAGAUAUGUUCAAGGCCUAUGAUAGGGUGGAAUGGGAUUUUUUGGAGGCCAUGCUACUCAAGUUGGGGUUUGGUUCUAGAUGGACUGGCUUAAUUAUGGCUUAUGUCAAAUCCGUUAGCUAUGCUGUGAAGCUUAAUGGAGUACCUAGUGAUACCAUUAUCCCUUCAAGAGGAAUACGUCAAGGUGACCCUUUGUCACCUUACUUGUGCCUAAUUUGUGCUGUGGGUCUUUCUUCUUUACUAAAACAAGCUGAAAAUAGGGGUGUCUUGAGGGGGGUGGCAGCUUCGAGGGGAGGUAUUAGAAUUAAUCAUCUUCUUUUUGCUGAUGAUUGUGUUAUAUUUUGUCAAGCAAAACAAGAAGAAUGGUUCAUGGUGGAGCAGCUUUUGAGUAAGUAUGAAGGAGCUUCAGGUCAAUCCUUGAAUAAACAAAAAACUUCUAUUUGUUUCAGUAAAAAUAAAAAUCCAGCAGCAAGAGAAUUAAUAUUGCAGUCAACAAAUGGGGUAGUGUGUGGUGAUUAUAAUAAGUACUUGGGUCUCCCUACCAUGAUAGGAAGAUACAAGUAUAUGUCUUUUCGAGGCUUAAAAGAGAGGAUAUGGAGGAGAAUGUGUAGUUGGAAAUCUGUUUUUUUAUCUACAGCAGGGAAAGAGAUUCUUAUUAAGAGUGUUUUGCAAGCCAUUCCAUCUUAUACUAUGAGUGUGUUCAAACUACCGUGUGGGUUGAUAAAGGAAAUAGAAGCUUUGUUUUCUAAGUUCUGGUGGAGUCAUAAUAAAUCUGUGAAAGGCAUCCAUUGGAAAAGUUGGGAGAAGCUAGGCCAAGUCAAGACUAAGGGAGGUUUGGGAUUUAGAAGCCUUGCUAGCUUUAAUAAGGCUCUUUUAUCAAAGCAACUAUGGAGACUUAUCCAGGAUCCUUCAUCUUUGGUGGCCCGAGUCUUCAAACAUAAGUAUUAUAAUUCCUGCAAUGUUUUAGAUUCAAAGGUUGAGACUUCUCCAUCUCACAUUUGGAGGAGCAUCUGGUCUGCUAUGGAUGUAGUCAAAGCUAGAUCUGUUUGGAGGGUGGGGAAUGGUGAGUCUAUUAAGAUAUGGCAAGAUAGAUGGUUACCGAGGUACUCUACUUAUAUGAUUCAAUCUCCUAUUUCACUAUUAGAUAUGGAUGCUCGAGUUGCUGGUUUAAUUAACUCUGGGACUCGUGAGUGGAAGGCAGAUCUCAUAGACGCUAUUUUCAAUUUAGAGGAAAGCAAAUUAAUCUUAAGCUUGCCUAUUAGUAUUCGGGGUGCCAGUGAUAAGCUUAUGUGGGUGGUAGCCUCAAAUGGGAUUUUUUUAGUUAAGAGUGCUUAUUUUGUUGCUUAUGAGUUACAGAGUAUGCAUAAGGGGCAGUCUUCUAAUGCUUCGGGGUUGGAGGCUCAAUGGAAAAAGAUUUGGGGUUUGCAGGUCCCAGGGAAAGUAAAACAAGUGCUAUGGAAAGCUCUUACUGAUAUUCUACCUACAAUGGCUGCGCUGGUUAAAAAACAGGUUUUGCAAGAUGGCUUGUGUCCUAUCUGCACCAGAGAGGAGGAAUCAGUCUUGCAUGUAUUAUGGACAUGUCCUGCAGCAACUGAUGUAUGGGGUGACUCAUCUAGUCCUGUGAAGAAAUGGCCUUCAGAUUUUGUGGAUUUUUCUAAUUUAUGGGGCAACUGGUCUAUGAAACUCGAGGGACAGCACUUAGAACAAGUUGCAGUAGUCUGUCAUAAGCUGUGGGCUAGACGAAACAGAUGGGUGUUUGAACAACUCUUCCAAGAUCCAGCUUCUCUUUUUAUGGCUGCGUUGAAUGAGCUUGAAAUUUUCCAGGCAGCAGGAAGUAUACAGCAGCAGCAAAAUUCUGCUACAGCAGUUCAGCAGGAUCAACUUUCUGCAGCAGGUAGUAUACAGCAGCAGCAAACUUCAGCAGCAACAGUUUGGCAGCAGCAAUUUUCUGCAGCAGGUAGUAUACAGCAGCAGCCAAUUUCUACAGUAGCAGUUCAGCAGCAGCAACUUUUUGUAGCAACUGGCCAGCAACGAGUAGAGGUCCAUACCAAGUGGUCACCAGCAAGUGAGCCUUUUUAUAAACUUAAUUUUGAUGCCUCUUAUUCAGAAUAUAGUAAUUGCAUGGGGAUUGGGAUUGUUUUGAGGGAUGGAAUGGGUGAUAUAGAGGUGGUUCUAGUUGCACCAAAGGCUCAUGUUCUUUCAGCUUUUCAUGCAGAAUGCUAUGCCUUGUUAAGAGCUAUGCAACUGUGUAGAGAGUUGGGUUUUUCAUACAUGGUGUUCGAAGGUGAUGCAAAAUAG